CGAAUUUUAAUUCUAAAUUAGCACAUCUUAUCUAUAAUGGUUACUAGUGGUGUUAAAAUUCGAAUUUUAUUUCGAAAUUAACACAUCUUAGCUAUUAUAGUUAAUACUAGAAGUGUUAAAAUUCGAAUUUUAACACCAUUCCAUUACUAACUAUAAUACAUAAGAUGGUUUUAUUUCUAAUUAAAAUUAGAAUUCAAAUUUUUUAUCUUAGUUAUCAAAGUCUAAGACAGUUCGUCUCCCAUUUGGCUAAAUGUUUGAAAUGAGACCCCUCCACGCUUGUAAUGUAUUUAUUAAAAUUGCAUAAGUACACGUACACACGCACAUACAGUCAUACACACACAUUCUCAUACACACACACAAUCUCAUACACACACUCUCAUACACACACACUUUCAGACACACUCAUACAUACAUACUCUCAUACACACACACUCUUACACACACACACACUCUAAUACACAAACACUGAUACAACACACACACAGAAUCUCAUGCACACACAUACUCUCGCACACACGCACUCAUACACACACAAUCCCAUACACACACAAUCCCAUACACACAUACUCUCAUACACACACUCUCUCAUACACACACAAUCUCAUACACAGACUCAUACAACCACACACACACACUCAUACACACACUCACUCACAUACAUACACACACACUCACGUAUACUACACUACAAGUUUUACCAACUAUAUAGUUCUAAUCUGCUUUGUCAAUCAAGAACAUUCAAAAUCACAUAGUCAGUAGACUAUACAAAAAUGUAAUACAUUUCUAUUAACUUUGGUUUGCAUACUAGACAUAUAUGUAAUGUUAUAUGUAUUAUAUAUAUAUGUAUUAUUUGGGUGUAUAUGUAUGUUUUAUCCUAAGUUAAAUCAUUGUUAAUUAUAGAGUGAGAAGAUUUAUACAGCAGCAGCAGUAGCAGCAAGAAAUAACGACACAGACGUGCAAUAGCAUUUUGUUACUCAUCAAAUUUUAUUAUUCAAUAAAAUUAAAGCAGUGUCUUCUUUAAUUGGAAUCUACCAAGAUGCCAAAAAAAGUUGCAAGAAGAAUGAUUUCAGCUUCCAGCAGCAGCAGUCAACAGCAGCAAAAGCAAAUGGAGACCAAUAAUGAUGCAGUUGAAGUAGUUAAAGAAAACAAAGUGUCCGGAACCACACGCAGUGGUCGUCAAAGAAUGGCAAUUCAUGCAUUUUUGAAGAAAAAAAAUCCCCCAAUUGGAUCUGAACAUGCAGAGCAGCAGUGCUUGCAGGAAGCAGCAUUAGAAAAUUCCACUUCUAUUAAUGAAUUACCCAGAGAACCAGCAGGUGAUAAUGGAGUUGAUCUUGAAAUAACUAUGGAAACUUCCGGAAGGAAUAGCAGCAGCAGUAGCAGCAUCUCUGUAGAAAAUGAAAAUAAUUCUGAAUUUGAAUUUGAAGAUUUUAUAUCUGAAGGAUCUGUGUAUACUCCAAAUCUCGAUUGUGAUUCUGAUGAUUCAGAUUGUAGUAUCAUUGAGGAACCAAAUCCACCUUGCACCAUCACUUCUACGUAUCCACUGUUCCAAAAGCAUCUCAAACGUGCUAUUCCAUCCAAAGAGUCACCAAUGUUGCAGUCACAGUCAGAUAGAAUUCAUUCUAAUGCUGCCAACGGGGCCAAACAAAGAAAAAUUCCCACAAUUGAACCACUAGAUGCUACACCACCACAAGUUGCAACUUGUGAAAUAAGAGCAGCUGGCGCUGCUGUAAUGGAAAUUCCAUCAUCAUCAUCCAUUAUGACUCCCAGGUCACGUAGUAGUGCAGUAGGUGGUAGUGUAGUUUGGAAUUUUUAUUCUGUCGAUAAACUAGAUCAAAGUAAAGCAACAUGUAAAAUAUGUAAUAAAAAAAUAAGUCGAGGAAAAGCAGGAAGUAAUUUGGGAACCACUUCCUUGCGGUCUCAUAUGAAUAGUAGACAUAAAGUGAUAUGGGACAGAUAUUUAAAUAAAAAUCUUGCUUUAUCCACAGAAAGAAAUACUAAUGUUAUGCUACCACCUACUGCCAAUGAUGAUGGCUUUAAUAACACCAGUAGAAGUUCAUGCAGCAGCAGCAAUCAACUUUUAUCAAAUUUAGUGCCAAGUUCUGGGAGUACAGCAGUGUCUAAGCGACAGAGUACUUUACAAGUUGCUUUUGAGAGUGGUCAAAAAUAUCCCCCAAACCAUGAACGUGUUCGCCAAAUUAAUUUUAAAGUUGCAAAAAUGCUUGCAAUCGAUAUGCUUCCUUUUAAAUUUGUUGAAGGUCAAGGCUUUCGGGAAUUAAUGCAAUCAGUGGUUCCCCGUUGGCAAAUCCCGAGUCGUCAUUAUUUUUCACGAAAAGGUGUUCCAGAAAUUCAUAAAAUUGUUUUACAAAAUGUUGGCAAACAAUUAGAAAUGUCAGAGUGUAACAAAGUUCAUAUUACAACUGACAUGUGGACAAGUCCACAGGGUGCAGACUAUAUGACUGUGACUGCACAUUGGGUAUCAUUUGCCGUAAGUAAUGACUCUAAUGAGUAUGUUUCCUCAAGGCCAAUGCGACGCAUAUCUUAUCGUAAGCAUGCAACACUGUGCAUGAAUAGUUUUGAACGAAAGAAUCACAAUGCAGCUAAUAUUCUUGAUAAGCUGAAUGAAGUAAUAAAUGAUUGGUUUUUGCCACGCAGCCUCACGGUUGGUUUUGUGUCUUCAGACAAUGGCUCUAACAUUGUUUGUGCACUCAAGAAUGGACAAAUGAUACAUGUGCCUUGUUUUGCACAUAUAUUAAAUUUGGUUGUUAACAAAUUUCUUUCAGAUUCAACACAUAUUCAUGACAUGUUGAAUGCUUCACGAAAGAUAUGCUCGCAUUUCCACCGUUCCUACCAUGCCCAAAAUUCGUUACUAACAUUACAAGAAAACAAUAAUUGAUGUUUCUACGCGAUGGAAUAGCACGUUUGACAUGCUUCAACGCCUUUAUGAACAACGAAAGGCAAUAAUUGAAUACCUUAUGACUUUAAGAAAAACAUUAGAUGGAGUCCAUUUGACUUCGGCACAGUGGCAUCUUAUGAGUGAUGUGUGCAAGGUUCUUCAGCCGUUUAAAGAGGCAACAUUAAUGGUAAGUGAACAAGAUGCAAGCCUUAGUCAGGUCCUUCCAUUAAUUUCGCUUCUUGAAACUAGACUGAGUUCCUUGCAUCAAGUGCAAGAUAACUGUUUAUCUGAUUCUGCUGAAGAUGAGAAUGAUAUAGAGUUGUUUGAUCUUGCUCAGCUUGGAAGAAAAUUAAUUUUGUGUUUGUUGAAAGAUCCAAGGAUCAUCUCCAUCAAAAAAAGAGAUGAGUACCUUCUUGCUACUCUGUUGGACCCACGUUUUAAAGGUCAGAUGUAUAAUUUUGUUGAUGGAAAAGAACAUACGGUUGAGAGAUGCAAGGGAGUACUCAUCUACAAAGUAAAGCAAGAAAUUGAAAUUAAUCGGCGAGCAAACUCAAACAACUCUACAAAUCAGUCUAGCAGCAGUUGCACUGGUAGUGGUCGGACUUCUUUCCCAGAUUGUAACAGUUCUGAGUCUGACUCAAUAUCUGACAAUUCAGUGUGCGGCGGUAAUUCCACUAACUCAUUGUGGGGUCUUUUUGGCAAAUAUGGCAUUAUGGCUACAGGUCAAGAUGCAAGAUUACAUGAAGACAAUCAGUGUUCUGCAGUGCAAAUGGUAACUGCAUAUAUGUUGGAUAACACUUUUAUAGAGCCUCGUUCUGACCCAUUGAGUUACUGGAAAUCCAAAAAAAUAUUAUGGCCUGAAUUGUCACAUAUUGCCUUUCAAUAUUUAAGUUGUCCCCCAACGAGUGUUCAGUCAGAGCGUGUGUUUAGUGCUGCUGGUAGUGUUGUGACUGAUCAUCGAAAUAGACUAUCUAGUGUAAAUGUUGACCGUUUAACAUUUCUCAAAAUGAAUCAACACUGGAUACCAGAACAACAUCAGUUGGAGGCUAUCAGACAAAACACUACCGGCAGCAGUGAUACAGACGACGAUGAUCCCUCAGAACAAAGACCAAUUGUGUUUGCGGUGGAUACAAAUAUGUAAACCUCCCCCAAAAAUUUUUUUUAAAAGGAUAUAAAAUAUAAAAAUUAUUUUUUUAAAAAUCAAAGUAUAAAAGAUCAUUUUUAUUUUUUAUGUCCUUUUACUGCUUCUUCGGCUGUCCUACCGCUACCUACUGCUACUGCUGCUGGAUUUCGAAUCAGAUAAACAGUGUCUUGUACUACUAGAAUUUAAUGUUAUAUGAUAUUUAGCAUUCAUAAUCUACAGUUGAUGUUGCUAGUGCUGCUGCUAUUUCUGCAAAUUAUAGUAUUUCUUUUUUAAAAAAAAGAACAUGAAAAAUCUACCAUCAUCACCUUGCGAAUAUUUUUAAAAAAUGGCGCAAAACAAAGGGUUUCUUUAAAGAAGAGGACUUCUCCUGCUGAAUGCUCCACAAGCUCUCUAAGGAUCCUUUCAGAAUUCUAAUGCCGGGCCUGGCCCUUAUUUGACUGUGUAUUUAAUAACUGCUGUUGCUGUUGAGAGUUGGUACAAUUUUCUCAAAGGAAUUUUCCAUCUCUGAAAGGAUCCAUUCAGAAUUCUAAAGCCGUCUCUUAUUUGACUGUGUAUUUAAUAACUGCAGUUGCUGCUGUUGCGAGUUGGUACAAUUUUCUAAAAG